AGCCCCAUUCGUUCUGACCCUCUAGUGUUGCAACUUCUGAAAACCAUCGAAGCCACACAUACUCACAAGCCUAUUAAUCAAAAAUCUCACAUUACCUGUCAACACCUGCUACAAAUUCAACAACAACUAAAUGCAAACAACAAUGUAGACACCCUAUUCUGGGCUAUCGCUUUGUUAGCCUUUUACGGUCUUGCACGACUAGGAGAGCUUCUACCAAACAACCAAUCAGAUGAAAUCAAGGUUCCAACCAUGGCCGCACUAAAGUUCGAGUUAUCCGGGAGCAAUACCUUCAUACAGUCCAACUACUAUGAACCAAAAAAUACAAGUCCACCAAUC